GUGCCGGUGACGUUUGACGACGUGUCCGUGUAUUUCAAUGACAAGGAAUGGGAGAAGCUGGAGGAGUGGCAGAAGGAGCUGUACAAAAACGUGAUGAAGGGGAACUAUGAGUCGCUGAUCUCGCUGGACUAUGCAAUUUCCAAACCUGGUGUUUUGUCUCAGAUCGAGCAAGGCGAGGAAGUACGGGUCAGGAAUGAGCAGGACUUGGAGGAGAGCGAGAUCAUAACGGAUGCCACUGCAGCUGGUAUAAGGGUUGUGAUCAAAACGGAGGAGCUCCUUCCUGAAGACAGCCCCGAAAACCCUGAGCUGCACGGGAUGUCGGGGCAGUCGGAGGGGAGCUUCCAGAGUCCGGACGAGGAGGCAGCCUGCGAGAGCCCCUACGGCUCCGUCUCCCCUCCGAGGGACCUCCCAGGAACCAGCCUGGGUGACUCAUCCGAAUAUGUAGCGGACUUCAACGAGAUCCAGAGAGUCAUCGUUCACCACGGGAGCUGCACAG